UUGCUGUCAUUCUUAAUAUGGGUUUGGUUAGAAAAGCGACAAUAGCUGAAUAUUGGAAUUGUAAAUUGCCUAGUCAAGACACAUCAUGGUUUAGGAAAAUGUUUAGUCGAAACAGAUUUCAACUUGUUUUCAAAUUUUUUCAUCUUACUAACAAUAAUAACAUACCCGGCAGAAACGACCCAAAUUACAGUCCAACAGCAAAAUUUCAGUGCCUUAUUGAUUUAUUUAAUAGACAGUCGCAAUUUCAUUACAAACCGGAACAAGAUUUAAGUAUUGAUGAAAGUUUGAUAGGGACGCGGGGCAGAACAUGAAUGCUUCAAUAUAUACCAACAAAAAGUUCAAAGUUCGGGGUAAAAGUUUGGAUGCUUGUUGAGGCAGUAACAGGAUACAUCAUCCAUGCCAUAAUUUAUAGAGGAAAGACAUAUGACCCAACACCACCAGGACUAACCCAGGGUUCCUACGAUGUAAAUAACUUGUUAGAAAGAGCUGGGUUACUACGUAAAAAAUAUCAUGUCGUGUGCGACAGCUUUUUCACUUCCAUCGCGCUAGCUAAACAGCUUUUUCAACUUGAUACUUAUUUCACCGGGACAAUUCGACAGAACAGAAACAUGCCAAACAUGAUCAAACAUGCCAUAUUAACGGAACGCGAAUUUAAAUACGCAAGACAGGGACCUAUUCUCAUGUGUGUUUAUCGUGAAAGGGCUAGAAGGAAAUCCGUUCGUAUUUUAUCGUCGUACGAAAAGGCUACCCAAAAUAAUGACAAUAAACCACAAAUACUUGAAUUCUACAAUAAAAACAUGGGCGGGGUCGAUCUGGCAGACAUGAUGGUAACGCAUUAUAAUGACAAUAGGAAAACUUUUAAGGUAUGGAAGAAAGUUGCAUUUAAUUUCUUGCAGCGCAUUGUAAUUAAUGCAUAUAUCUUGUAUUGCAAAAACACGUCUGAUCAACCAGUCAAGAGUAGACUACAGUUUUUACAAUCAAUUAUAGAAGAUCUUUCAUGCGAUUAUCUGCUAUCUCGUGAAAUGAAUGCACAAGCUAAUCCGGGUAGACAAAAAAGAACUCGCUUAAGGAAAAUUGCCAAGUAUAAGGAUUGCUCCGUGUGUUCGGAUAGAGACGGAUUUGGCGGUCGUCAUCGAACAAAAACGGCGUGCAGAAACUGUAACAAAGGCUUACACAAAGAUUGUAUGAAUAAUCAUGUAUGUAUUGAAGAAUAAAUUAAUCUCUUAAAUAUUAUAUUGUCAACGCUUUUGUUUUGUCUUGUCUUUUUAAUGUCAAUAACUAAAUAAACAAUUUACAGGAUGGCAGAAAAUACCAAAGAUUGACUGGUAGCGUCAUGACAAAAAAAUAUUUAAAACAGGCUAGUAAAAAUCAAACUAUGAGUCUACAAUAUGUGUAUAAAACUGAAGAUUGAGUAACAUUAU